AUGAGUGUACUCAGGGAUAUUCUGGAAAAGGGCUAUGUGGAUCCGGAAAUCCUGGAAGCCCUAGAUGAAGAACAAAAACAAAUGCUUUUUAUCCAGAUGCGCCAAGAGCAAAUGCGAAAAUUUGCUGCUUACGAAGAAAUGCUUGAGCGCAAGGGCUUGCCGGCGAGGCGCCCCAAAAAGAAGGCCGUCAGAUGGCGAACCGGAACUGACGGAGACGUCUGGGUAUGGGUUAUGGGCGAUCACCCUGAUGACAAGACCAUUGAACAGAUUUUAGAAGAGGAAGCACGGCGCGAAGCGAGAGUUCGCGCGCUGCAAGAGCUGGAGCAUGAGCACGAAGCUAGUAACAGUAUGGAGGAAGCCUUGAAGGCGCAACUUGGCAGUCUGAGGGUCGGCGCUACGGGUGGCUCAAUUUAUGAAGAAAGCGACAACAGCUGGGAGGACCAAAUCAACGGCAAGCCACCGUUGCUACUUCAACCGCAAACACAUGCAUCAGUGGGUCUUCAUAUUCGCAACUUCGAGAACAAUCAGGCGAAUCGCAACACGCCUCCGCAAAAAACGUCGCCAAUUCCGAAGCAAAAUGGGAUUGGUAAUGGCGGGCUGACGGCCUCACCACAGAAAGCCGUCGUCACUACAUUCAGCACGCCGACUCCACAAGUUGCUGUCAUUGGUGCGAAGGGAACGACGCGCGUCGAUCGAGGCCCUCCUCCACCCGUCCCGGCCAGGCCGCCACAGUUCCCAUCCGUUACAAAGCCGCCGGCGACUCAGAAUGUGCAGCCCUUGCCCGUUGCUACCCCGGAAAUCCUCGAUUUGACCCUACGAACUGCAGAGCAGCAAAACGGGCUUGGAGUCAAAAUGCGUCAGCAGAAAAACUCCAGCGAAGAAAGUACUCAAGAGGUCCAUAAACGAGAAUCGGAAAUCUUUCAGACGAUCCAGGAUAAAAGGGAACAGCUACGUAAGGACGCCGAAAUCGAAGCGGAACGCGAAAAGCUUGCCUGGGAGGAACAAGAAAAACGAUCACGUGAGGCGGAAGCUACGAUCAAGGCCAUCGCGCAGAAAGCGAGGGAGCAGCACCGUCAGCUACUCCGCACCUCAACGUCCAUCUUGCCUGCGCUGGCCGAUACCAACGCGACAAGUCUUCGCGAGGCUAUCAAAAACUUACCUCGACCGCCAAGGCCAAAAAAUCGUGACGAGAUCAUCUCAUGGUUCAAAAAGAACGAGCUUGGGCGGGGGACCGGCUUCGAUCCCAAGACUGGACUCCCUGCUCCAUGGUUUCAUGGCAUCAUUUCCCGUGACGCUGCCGAGCAGCUGUUGGUCGAGAAACCGACCGGCUCGUUCUUGGUCCGUGUCUCGGAGCGAAUUUGGGGAUAUACCGUCUCUUACGUGGUGGGCAACGGCUCUUGCAAGCAUUUCCUGAUCGAACGGAUAGAGCAAGGCUACCAAUUUUUGGGCACCAACCAAAUCGUCCACGAUUCGCUCUUCGACCUGAUCAUCUAUCACGAGUCGGCCCCGAUAACUGCGAAGGGAGGCGAGAUCCUGAAAUGGUCCGUGGGCCAAACAACUCGUCCAUUCGACUAUGCUGACCUGCUUCCCGAAACGACGAACAACAAUGGCGUCCGCAAGCUGAAUGGUCGUUUC